CCUGUGCAAUGUAAACGGCCAGUUGAGACUCCGGAUUCCCGACGCAACAUACGCAACCUCAUCACGACGGGAGUCGCCAGGUCACUUCUGCUCGGUCUUGCGUGCGAUACAAAGUGCUGAUUCAUAUGUCCGAGUUCCACCCUUCACCUUCCUCUGCGUCCUCUCCGUGAGUUCUGUCCAUCAUGGAGGACCCCGAGCUCAGUAGCGACACGGUGGACCCGCAAGUCCGGGCGCAUAUCAACAGCCUGGUCUCUGCUCUCGGUGGUUACAGCAUCGACGAUGACGAUGGCUACAAACUUGGCGACGACGCUCUCGAGGUCCUGCGCGAUCUCAAGAAAUGGAUCCGCUUCUAUGACGAGAAGCUGAACCGCAUGGACGUCGCUCGCUGCCUGGCCGAGGCGAACCUGGUCGGCACCGACCUGCUGCAGAUCUUGGCGACGUGGCGGCCGAACGACAGCGCCAGCAAGUACAAAGCGAGGAUCGCCCUGGCCUGCUUCGAGAUCAUGGUGCCGCUCACCUGGCCCAUCGAGAAGGACCGCGAGACCAUGACUGUCAACCACCACCGCCACCUGCCCGUGCUCCAGCUCGCACAAUUGGGCUACAAGCGAGCCAUCCUCAACUUCGAUGCCGCCCCCAUCCUCGGCACCGCCGUCAGAGUCGCGCUCCCGUCCAUGGCCCUGGCCAGCGGGGACAGGUCGGCCCGCGACCAGGGCAUCAUCAAGCUGAUCCUGUACUUCCUGAGGAACAUUGCCAUGAUCAGUCCUCCGCCGGGCGUCAAAGGCGACGGCGACGAGACCUACGUCUCUCGCUCCGCUCUUGUGGACGCCUUCUCCUACCAAGACGUCCUACUCACCCUCUUGACCAUGGCGUCCAACAUGGGUGACGACUUCCGGACCGAGGACGUGGUCGUGAUGGAGAUCAUCUUUCAUCUCGUCAAGCGCGUCGACUCGAGCAAGCUCUUCGUGAGCGAGAAGCAGCUGCACAGGAUCAAGGCCGAGGAACUGACCGCCGCCAUGAAGAAGGAGGCCGCCAUGCUGAGGUCGUACAACAAGAACGCGCCCACGCGCCACAGCCGCUUUGGCACCAUGAUCUGGGUCAGGCGGGAGAGCGGCAAGCUCUCUACCGUCUCGGGCCAAGACGCCCUGCUCGAUGCGGCGACUCGCGAGAGGAAGAUGGACAGCAGCAAGAGUUUCAAGCCGCCCAGGCGGGCGAGGAAAGAGGAUAUCGAGUCGAAAGAUCUGGGCCCGCCAGUAAACCUCGACGAGAGGGCCCGGAAGCAACUCCAGGACUUCGUGUCCGAGUUCCUAGACUCGGGGUUCAACCCCCUGUUCGGCCAUGUGAGGAGGUCACUGGACAGGGACGCGCCGCAUGUGCUUCAGUAUCACCACAGCCAGUUCUUCUACCUGGUAGCCUGGUUCUUGGAGGCCGAGCGGGCGCGCAGAAACGCCCAGAAGGAAUCCAAACAGCCCUCGACUGGGGACGAGGUGGGAAGCUUCAACCUCGUCGCAGAAGUGUUAAGCCAAGAGAUGUUUAUCAGCAUCAGCCGUGCCCUGGACCGGGCCUAUGGCGACAAGGACUGGCGGCUGUUGACCACUGUCAUGCGCUGUUUGACGCAGAUCCUCCUCACCGUCCAGGAGAUGUCCCAAUCCGGCAACGAAGAGGACGAGGAGAUUGCUGAUAACAUCCUCAGCCGGCUUUUCUACGAGGAGACGACGCACGACACGAUAGCAAACAUUGUGCGCACGUACAAAGACCAGGGAUUCGAAUACCUGGAUGCCUGUACCGAGCUCACCCACACCUUCGUCCGCAUCCUCGAGGCCUACUCCAAGCAGAACGUUGACUUGCACGUUCGUUCUCGCAAGAGAAGGCGGCGGAAGAAGAAGGCAGCCAGGGCGGAAGGACAGCAGGCAGCUGAUGACGAUCACGGCGACAGCGAAGACGACUCGGCAGACGACGCGAGGCAGGCCGAGAAGACCAGUCAGGAAAGGAAAUUCGACUUCAAGCGGUUUGCCCUCCGGUUUAUCCCGCAGGGUGUGGUUGAUACCUUCGUCACCUUCACCCAGUAUUAUCGUGAUCUCAACGACGCGCAGCUGAAGCGAGCCCACCGGUAUUUCUACCGGGUCGCCUUCAAGCAAGAAAUGAGCGCCAUGUUGUUCCGGCUGGACAUCAUCCACCUCUUCUACAACAUGAUCAAGGGGCCCGAGCCUCUCGAUAGGAAUUCUUCUAUGUUCAAGGAGUGGGAAGAGCUCGCCAAGCAGAUCAUCAGGAAAUGCGUGCGAAAGCUGGAGGAGCGGCCUGCCCUCUUCGUCGAACUGCUCUUCUCCAAGACCAACAGCACGGCCCACUACUUGGAGUAUGGCUACGAGAAGCAGACAGUCUCCGCCAACCCCAGGCCAGCUGCCGAGUUGGAAUUUAAGCGUGAGGUGGAACGCGACCGGCAGAUUGCCAUCGUCGUCGGGGUCCUGCUGGACAGAAACCAAACGGACCACUUGGAAUGGAUAAAGAAGCAGAUCUCCGAGGCCGAGGCGGAGCGUCGCGCCUGGGAGAAUGCCGAGCAAGCCCUGGCUACCGAGAGGCCGGACGGCGAAGCCGCACGCGAACCAAAGAUGGCGCCUCAUUCCACAUUGCGCCCUGACAACGACGCCCGCCGCACGGCCAUGUUCAAGAACGCCCACCUCCGCCUCCUGAUGAAGCUCGUCGGCGCGGAGCGUCUCGCCCCGACGCUCGACGAGACGCCCGACUCGAUCUGGAUCAUCCCAGGGACCGUCACGGCCGACGCCCUCAAAGAAACCCUAUCCCUCAUCAACCAAGCCGAGUUCACACCCCCGACUUUCGAGGACGGCACGCUUGCCGAGGAUCAACUCCGCCGGAAAUCCGCCGCGCGCAAACGCGCCGCCUAUGACGACGACGAUGACCGUGGCGACAUCCACGACUUCGUCAACGACAAUUCCGAGGACGAUGACACCGGCAUUCUCUUUCCCGCCGGCGGGCCCACAGUGCGCAGGCGGACGGCCGAGGACGAGCCGCCGGCCCAGAAGCGCCUGCGUCGGGGUCGUCGGCGCCGCGAGGGCAGCGAAGAGCCGGCCCCGCUCACCGAUGAGCAGCUUGCGGAACGGGCGCGUGCAAGGCGCAAGAAGGAGCUCGAACGAGCGCGCAAGAUCAAGAGCGCGGUGUACGUCGAUCCGCGCGACGACAUGUCCGAUGACGAACGGGACAGGGAAUUCUUUGCCAAGGAGCUGGCCCGGCAGGAGGCGAAGAAUGCGAGCUUCGGACUGAGCAGCAAGCCCUCUGGCGUGGAGAUGUCGACAUGGGAGGAAUUGCUUGGGGUGGACGGCAGUGGUGUCGACGAUGAUCACGAGGGGAAGGAUGGCGGUAGUAAGACGGGAAGGGAACGGGCGAGGCAGACAAGGAAAAGGAAGUCCGACGCGGGCCCUGCUGAGAGCAGCGAGGAUGAGGAUGCCGGCACCUCCUCGACUGCCAGUGACAGCGGGCUAGAGUCGGAGGAGCGGCCAGCAAGGAGGGCGCGGAAGCGGAGGAAGUCGGCUCGGCCGGUCGGGAGCGGCAGUGAGGAAGAGGACCGGGCCGGGGAAGACGGCAUGGACGUCGAUGUGCGUUCUACGCAGUCGAGCAAGGACGAGGUCGUCACCAACGACACGCCCUUGUCGUCCAGCCCAAGCCGCACGGCGAUGGCCACUGCGGAGAAGGUGGCCGCGGAUGGGGAGAGACGGGAGGAUGAGGACGAUGAUGUGCCUGUUGCCAAGGUGACGGCGAGGGCACGGCCGAGGGCGAGGGCGGGGUUUAUUGUAGAGAGCAGCGACGAGGAGUGAGCGAGUCUCAUGAUUAGAUGAUUUGGCGUAAAGGGUUGGAUGAUGGGGCAUUGUACGUAUCUCAAGUAGUCUUGUGUUGUUGGUGUUGUCAUGGAUACUACGGAGUCAUUCCGCGAAGUUCAUGGUCGUGGCCAGCAUGAUGGAUGGCGUGGUAUCCGCGGCGGCUCUGCAGAAUAGGGGCAAAGUAAAUCAGAUUGGUAGCCACAGAUCUGAACCGUCGCUGCCCCGAGGUACCGCUAGAUAGUGCGGCCUGAUUUUUACAUGUAGAAUCGGCAU